CAGCACGGCAUCAACCGGAGUCGAGGGCCGCAGCCUCGCCGGCAGGGAUGCAGGGGGCAGGAAGGCUCCUCCUCGGCGCCGGAGGGUGACGGCGGCCGAAUGGUGAGGGACAACCCGACAGUCGCCGCCCUCUCAGCGCUUCUUGCCCGCUCCGCUUCUCUGUCCGCCGCUGCGGCGCUCCACGCCCGCCUCCUCCGCUCCUCGCGCCUCUUCAGCCACCCCUUCCUCGCCAACUGCCUCGCCGCCGCUUACUCCCGCCUCGGCGCCACCCCUGCCGCCAUCGCCCUGCUCACCCACGCGCCCGGCGGCGCAGCCAACCGCUUCUCCCACAACAUCCUCCUCGCCGCACUGCUCAAGUCCCGUGACCUCCCGGCGGCGCGGAGGCUGUUCGACGAAAUGCCUCUCAGGGACACCGUGGCCUACAAUUCCAUGAUCUCCGGCUACGCUCAAAGCGGGCGCGCCGAGGAGGCGCUCCGGCUUGUGCGCAGGAUGAGGGAGCUAGGCGUCAGGCCUAGCGCCUUCACCUUCUCCAUUGUCUCGUCCGCGGUCUGCUCUGCUCCCCACGGGAUGCAGGUCCAUGCAGCUGCUGUCCGUCACGGCUCUGCCCAACAUAAUGCCGUCGUCGGCAACACGCUUGUCGACAUGUAUCGGCGUGUCGGCCUCUUGGAAUAUGCCAUGCGCGUCUUUUGGAGUAUGAAUGAACUGGACAUGGUUUCGAUGAACUCUGUCAUGUCAGUGUACAAGGAUGAUGGCCAGAGCAGUGCGGUGUUUGAGUGUUUCCGGUUGACUAGAAGCCAUGGGUUUUCGGUUGACGAAUGCAGUGUGUCAACGGUGCUUACCGCGUGCACAGAUAUCGAGGAUUUGGCUAAGGGUGACCAGCUCUUGGCCCUCUGCGUCAAAACAGGACUCCUGUCAAAUUCUAUCAUCUGUAGUGCUGUGAUCGGCCUAUUGUCCAUGUCUGACAGACUACCUGAUGCUGUCAGGCUUUUCGAGGGACUAACAAAAUGGGACUCAGAAACAUGUAACGCAAUGAUAUCGUGCUAUGCCAGGACUGGUUUGAUGGAGCAAGCUCUGGGCCUCUUUGUGAUUGCUCUGCGAAAUGCUGUUCUUCCAACUGAGUUCACUUUUGCGAGUGUGCUGAGAUGGAGUUCGUGUUUUGGUCUGAUGGAGCAGGGCACCCAAAUCCAUGCGCUGGUAUGUAAAUGUGGGUUUGAGGAUGAUAUGAUUGUUGCCACUGCUCUCAUUGACAUGUAUUGUAAGUUAGGUUCCUUGAAGCAUGCCAGGAAACUCUUCGAUAGUGUUUGUGUCAAGGAUUUGGUGUUAUGGAAUACAAUGAUCAUCGGUCUAUCGCAGAAUGGGAGAGGUAGGGAAGCUCUUGGAGUGUUUUGGUGGAUGCUGGACUGUGGUGUCAAGCCAGAUAGAAUUACUCUUUUCGGAGCUUUAUCUGCUUGUAGCUUGGGAGGUCUGGUUAAUGAAGCAAUGGAUAUAAUUUCCCUGUUUAAAGCCAAGUACCAUGUCGUCCCUGGUCUGGAGCACUAUGCAUGUGUGGCUGACAUGUUAAGCCGUGCAGGAUUGUUUAGAGAGGCAGAAGAUCUAGUCCAGCACAAGUUGCAGAAAUGCAAUACUGCUGCCCUCCUCAAUAUUCUUGAGGCUUGCAUGAUUCAAGGGGAUUUCGCCAUGGCAGAGUCAAUCGCAGAGAAUAUGUUGAAACUGAAGCCUCGGUCAUCACUGCCAUACACUGUUCUGGCUCGAACAUAUGGUGCAAGAUGUAAGUGGGAAAGCAUGGCCAGAAUGUGGAGGUCAAUGGAAGCUUUAGGUGCAAAGAAGGCUGGGGAAUGUAGCUGGCUCUGCAUCAAGAAUGAAAUCCAUGUGUUUACAUCUGAAGAAAUAUUGCAUCAAGGAAGCGAAGCUACGUAUGCAGUUUUAGAUCUAUUGUUCUGGGACAUGAUGGAUGAGAUCUCCAUGAUGGAUUGCAUUCAUGCUCCUGGUUGUGUUGAUAUAAUUCAUACACAAGAUCCCAAGGAGAGUAAGGGAUUUGAUUGCCUUCAGCAGUUCCUGGAUUGCACUCUGUGAGCUGGCAACUAACGUAAUUAUUCAGCUAGGACCGUCUCAGAAUGGUCAUGUGGUUACCAUGACCUGACAGUAAGGCAGCUUAAGCUGCGGAUUGUUAAGCAGGCAAGCACUAUGAGCAUCAAGAAAAAGCCAUUAUCCCAAGAGGGUGCAGAAAUCUGAUCAUCCAGUAUGUAGGCAAAGAACAGCAAUCAGGUUUUACUUCGUGUUUAUAUAUGGUGAUGCGUAUAGUAUCUUGUCUUACAGAUUGAUUAAUUUACUUGACGUCAUGUUGUCUUACUGACUGAUUAAUUUACUUGACAUCUUUUUGCUACAGAUCUUGUACGCAGGUUGGUGGUGAUCUCUUGUUAGAAUUGUAUAGGAUUUUGCCGUCGGGCGGUUACUUAGUGUGAUCUGAUAGACUGUUACUCUAUGUAUAUAAUAGAACUUGCAUGCCCUUGUCAAUGCCACCAUGGUCCACGGGCCAGAAGCGCAUGUGGACAGUGUCCAGUUACGAGCAGGGCAGGCAACUGCCCCGAAGCACCUAUGGGGUCAUCUACAACUGAUGCUAGUGAUAAGCAUUUGGAGAGCUACCUGACAUGGGGUUUGACAGUAUCAUAAUCAAAGAAAGGACAUACCAAGUUUCCAAAGUUCUAUGCAGAACGUAUUUUCAAGUAUGCUGAGUGUAGGCCAUCUUGCCUUGUGUUGGCACUAGUGUACAUGGAGAUAUAGCUAGCAACCAGAUGUGCACAUGACGCCCUUUAGUGUUCACCGCUUGCUAAUUACAGGUGUGGUGGUUGCUGCCAGAUUCACUGAUGAUGCGUUUUCCAACAGUGCAUUCUAACAUGCAUAGGGUGGGAGGAAUCAGUGCAUUCGAUAUGAAUCAGCCUGAGUUGGAUUUGCUGUUUAAUCUGGACUUCAGGCUGAAAGUGAACCUGGAGACAUUUGGGAGCUGCUGCCUGCAGCUGGAGAAACAUGCAGCGGUUUCACUAGAGAUUGCCGGUUCAGGUUCAUUGUGUCAAUGGAUGAAAAGAUUCAAGCUAUAGUGGUAGUGCCAGUGAGUUUUGCUAGAGCAAGCUAUGUAGGGCCUACAGUUUUGCUGAUUACUGAUUAUUCUUGUAUAUCUGAAUGUUUGUGCAUUCAGAUUACAUAAAUUAUUCUUGUAAAGCAGUCCAUUCAUCUGUUUAAAUUUGCACCACCGAGUUGGGAAACAGUAUUCUGUCCUAUGACA